AUGGUGCACCAUCGUCAUCGUCGUCACGGCCUUCAGGCGAGCCAUCACUGCGCGCUUAGGAGGCGAGCAACGACGCCCUCGUUGCUCCAGGUGUUCCUGCUGAUACUGUGCCUCUGGCUACCGGUGCUGGACAACGGUGCUGGCUUGGUGUUGGCUUGCGGGCCCGGCAGGGGCGGCGGACGACGCCCUGGUCUCAGGAAGCUCACGCCUUUGGUGUUCAAGCAGCAUGUGCCGAACGUUAGCGAGAACACGCUGCCGGCCAGCGGGAUCAGCGAGGGCCGUGUGUCCAGGCACGACUCCAGGUUCCGGGACCUCGUGCCCAACUACAACGCCGACAUCAUCUUCAAGGAUGAGGAGGGCACCGGAGCCGACCGACUGAUGACACAGGUGAAAACGAACACUCAAAUGUUGAUUAACCUUCGUUUGAUCGGGGCUGGGUCGCUGUAGUCGCGAAUUUACUUUUGGUUUCAUUUGCCAGCGAGAGUUCAUUUUGUAGGAUCAAACGGAAAGUUUGCUCGUUCUCACGCAACAAUAAAGUUUAUAGUUAUAGGAAUGUAAGUAGUAUUAGAGUAGAAUUUUAUUCGUAUUAAAUUUAAUGUAGCCCGCACAACUACUGAUGAAAUUAAUUAAGAUUUCAUUCCUAUAAAUGGAGCGUAAAUUUCAUAUUCUUACGAGUGAAAUUAACGUGCGAAUGUUCAUUCAAUUGAGCGCUAAAUUUAGCUUCUGCUGAAUGAGAGUUCUACUUUAGAUAGUGACAAAUGAAGUUCACCUGUAAUCAUUUGAAAACGCGACGAAUAUUUGCGCGAGUCAGAAAAUUGACCCAGCCACCGUCAAAGAUUAAUUGUUUGUCAUGUUGUAUAUAACGUAGAUUUUCAUUCCUUUUUGAAAGAGGAUAGUGUUAGAGGAUGCAGUUAAGAUUUUAAAUAAAUAUCAUAUAUUAAACUAUAUAAUAGUAUUAA